UCCGAGUCGAAGAUGAGGUAUCAGUCGACGAUUGUUUAGAAUUGUUCCAGUAUACAAAUACUUCAACAGUGUACAUAUUCUGGUGAUCACGUUACCGGGAGAUGUAAAUAUGAGGCAGUGAUUCAUCUCACAUGACUUCAUUAAUUUUAUACACUGUGUAUUCACGACAAGUGGUUUGUAUAGAUGAUAAAAAUAGCAUGUAAGAUCAUUAACACUUGUGCAUACGUUGAAAACAUCUGGAGGUGCGUGAUUGUAAACUAUAAUUCCAUAGUCGUGUUGUAUUCUCCUGUCAUUGUUUCCUUGGCAUAUAUAUUAAUAUUAUAUAUAUUUUGGUAGGAUAAAAUAAUGAUUAAGUUGUAGUGACGUUUCAGGAGAUUUUGUAUUACAAUGACAAACUGGCGGAAGUAAACAUCAGUUUUUGUUUGUGAUUAUAUUCAACAAAACAACGCCACACAUGGCUAUCCGCAGACAAGAUUGUAUACAGGAUAUCAAUGUUGACCUCCUUGAUGAUGUUUCGAACCACCCACCACCACUUCCUCCAAGAAAACCAUUGAAAACUCAAGAGAAGCUUACUGAAGAACAAAAUCGAAAUAGAAACUCAAAUCCCAGACUGCCAGAAACCGUGAACUUAAUGACCUUUCCAAACGACAAUGAAGACACAAAUAAAUUAGCAGCAAGCUGGGAUGUCUGCACUGGAAAUGCAUUUGAUUACAUCAUUCCAGAAUGUACCCUUUUAAACCUAAGUGGCAAUUCUGAAACCGACGAAACACACCAUAAGAUUCACUCUGGAUUAAAAACAAACAUGUUCGACAGCCUUGACAAGUAUUUAAUUGGCGAGUUGUUCAAGCAAUCUUCUGAUCUGAACACAGAAACAAGACCCAUGUUUUAUACGCCUGAUUUUAGUACAUGUAGCAGGGGAAUUGAUGCCUUACAACCCGCAAACAGUGUCGAUUUACCAACUCUGCUGGGAGAAAGAGAAAACAAACAAAGUGAUAGUUUUGAAGUGAUAGAUUCUACGGAAUCAAUAACGCAUAUCAUGCAUACACCGUCACAGUCGUCGAAACUUAACGCGAUGGAGAAUCAGUCGGACUCGGCAAGUUCUAUAAGGUCCUGUGCGUUUUUGAAUGGCUACUUCCGAGCUAACAGUAUCUAUUCUUUAGAUGAUACGAAUCCAACAAACUCAAUGGAAACCAUCCAGUAUAGUGACACCAAAUCUGAAGAACAGGACGAUAUUUGGGGCACGCCUAAACUUGGACAACAAGACGUGUAUUUAAAAAAGCUCAGAGAACAAGAAGUGAACCACAUACAACAGCUUCAGAGAGAUACAAGUACAACCAAAGCCCCAGGACUUUUAAACAUUCAUCAUCCUAAGUUGUCCUCUCAAAGAUCUGUGAGCGAAAGCGAUAUUAAUAAUUCCAUUGAAUUUGAAAACACAGAAACAAGACCCAUGUUGUAUACGCCUAAAAGGUCCAGUGCGUUUUUGAAAAGCUAUUUCCGGGAAAACAGUAAUUUUCAUUUAGAAGAUGUAAAUCCACCAGUCACAUCUAAAAACAUUCAGGAUUAUGAUACUGAAUCUGGUGAAAAAGAUGAUAUCUGGGACAUGCCUACAUCUAGACAACAAGACUUGUAUUUAAAAAAGAUCAGAGAACUGGAACAAGAAGUAAACCAAAUACAACAGCUUCAGAAAAGUUCAACCCAAACUCUGGAAGAAUCAAGCAUUCAUCGUCCUAAGUUUUACUCUCAGCGAUCAUUGAGCGAUAGCGAUAUCUAUGUAUCCUUGGAUUUUGAAGACAACAUGGGAGGUCAAGAUAUCACUAAUGAAUGGAUUGCAGUCAAAAGUAAUAAUCAUGACAUGAAAAAAUCCUCAAGCAUAGACAAUCUCAACAGGAGGACAAAAAAGGUCAGAUCUAGUACAACAAAACAUGAUCCACCUAGUAUGGGAGCAUCAUCAAGCUUUGAAAAUAUCAAAACCAAGCCCACCAAGCUGUGGCGAAAAAUAACUAAACGCGAUAAAGACAAUUCUGAUGGAACAUCUCAAAAGGUUUCAAUCAAAGUAGACGCUUGGGUGGAACUGUCAUGUCCAUGUGAAAGAUCAUGUGAACGUAUUAAAAGGUUGGUGACAACACAAGGAGGGUACAUGUGGGUGGCCUUCAUUCAGUGUUCCUGGGUUUUCUUGUACAACAAUAGACACGAGAGAGUGUACAAGUUUGAUACACGUGGUUGUGUGGAUAGUUUGGCAGUGUCUGCGACCGGGGUCCUCUAUGUCUCGUGUCCUCCUCAGAAGAGGGUUAUCAUGUUGUCAUCAAAUCUUCAGAUGACAGUUCUGCGCUCUUUCACGAAAUUGUAUCCACGAGGAAUUGCCGUUUCCCCGUACGACGGCACCCUGAUAGUCUGUAUGACGUCUCAGCCUGUGGGGCAUGAUAUGGAAGAGCCUUCAAAGGACAGUUGUCUGAUGCAAUUCAAAGGCGAAACGCCAAAGGAAACCGGGACAAUUGUGAACAAAGGAAAUUAUUUCGGAUAUCCGGUAAAGGUAACCAUUAACAUGAAUGGACUUUUAUUAGUGUCAGAUUUCGGUUUGAGAUGUUUGUUUGUUUUGGAUAAAGGAGGAUAUAUGUUGAGGACGUUUUCUUCACUCGGAGGAGUGCCACUGUGGCAUGUACAUGCUCUUACAAGUAACCCCGUUAGCUCGUUCUACGUUGUUCAAGGAGGAGCUGGAACACUGUCAAUCACACGACUAGGAGAGUACCUAGGAACCUUCGAGGAAACAUCGACAUCAACUAAGGAUGAACGUUUAGUAAAACAUAAAGUUGAAACGGCUUCAAUGAAUACGGAUGGGCAGAUAGUUGUAGCAUCAGGAAAUAUCAUCACACACGUUUCUCUAGUGUAUUCGUAAUAAGGUGCGGACUGUCAGACAUUUUUACUUGAAAACAGUGACAAACGCUGUUCUCUCAAUUAUUGUAAAUAUAAGGGCAGCUAUUGGGUGUGGUAAAGGAGCUGCACAUGCUCUGUUUGAUAUAAGUCUACAAUAAAACCUUCGGAGAAAAAACGUCAUCAACGAAGGAUGAGCCUUGAGUAAAACAUAAAGUUGUAACGUCUUCAAUGCAUACGGAGGGGCAGAUAGUUCUAGCAUCAGGAAAUAUCAUCACACUCGUUUCGCUCGUGUAUUAGAAAUAAAGUGCGGACUGUCAGAAUUUGUACUGGAAAACAGUGACAAAAAAUAUUCGCUCAAUAAGUGUAUAUAUACAAGGGCAGAUGUUUGGUCAGAUUAAGCAGCCGCACAUGCUUCUCAUCUUGGAUGGUACUGUAUAGGCGACGAACAAUGUUGGAUGCAAGUCUACAAUUAUGUGAUUGUGUUGGCAACAUAAAUA